ACGGAGAGAUCGCAUUGAUUGCAUUCCAUAUGAUUAUUAAUAAUCGGGAAGGACGGGAGUGUCUCAAAUGCUAUCUAUGUGUGUCCGCUGUAAGUGGCACCUACGAUAACGACCAAUCUGUACAUCUCGUGGCGCGCGAGAGAAAUAAAGGGAAUAUGCUCACACCCACACCCACACCCAGGAUGAUCAUCAUGACAGAGGAAACCGCUGGACACACACACACACGGAGAGAGAGAGAGAGAGAGAGAGAGAUGCAGAGAUCCGUGUUGUGUCUAUGUGUGUGUGUACCUUCAAGAGUUUGCCGGGUUUGCCGCGGACAUGAACCACCGGACUGCGGUCCUCCCUCUGCACACACACACACACACCAACGAGUGCCCCCGUAUGUGUCGGCCUAGCCACACACACACACACACACACACGUACCCGAUCGCCGCGCUCUCGGUCGGAGGCCGUGCUCCUGUGAUUCACGUGACUCUACCACACACACACACACACACGCACACACACAGAUGCACCGUUUUGCGCCCAUCCGCCCCCUUCCCCACCUUUGCACGUACCUCGCUCGUUGCGCGUGUGGGCGGCUCGUCCACCAUGGCGGGCACUUGGAGCGCACGAGGCACAUGACGAUGGUGAUGAGACGACACAUCCCGCUGCUCCUCCGUGGGGUUUUCUGGGGCCUCCCCGCCGCCAUCGCCAUCGCCGUAGAGCUUCACCAUGUCGAUCCUGCACACACAUACACACAUGUCCGUCCGUCCAUUGAUCCACCCACCCCUGCCCUGUGUGUUUGUUGACCGUGCGAUGUUUCUGCCAGGGACGAGGAACGAUGCCCUCGGGCACAUCCUGACGGAGGGGUGCUUCGGCCGCCGCACAUACGCUGGCGGCAAUGUGAUCCUGUAGAUGCGCGACGAGUAGUACCGAUUCUCCUGCACCAUACACACACACACACACACAUGGAUGGAUGCAUGGAUGGAUGGAUGGAUGGGGCCAUUUGUGCGCCGGGGUGUGUGGGAAGGCACGCCUGCCUUUUUCCUGUGGAUGGACAGCAUCUUCAGCAGCGGUUUCCUCUGCCAUGCCACCAAAGCGGAGAUGGGCGUGGUUGCUACACAAACACACACACAGAGACACACACACACACAUAUGGCUGGAUGGAUGGAUUGACGCGCACAGGAAGAGGCUGCCUUACCCUUUGUGUGCAUGGUGUGCCGCAUGAGGUCGGUGAACUGCGUGCGCACGUGGCCCAUGUGGUCUGGCGCCACCCUUUCAACACACACACACACGUGUGAUCCGCAUACACACACAGAUGGAUGGCCAGGCAUAGCUCACCAUGGUGAUAUCUUCUUCGCCUCGACGGCCUUCCUCGUCAAGAGCACAUCAUCGUCCAGCGAACAGUCAGACAGCGCCCUCUCCUACACCCACACACACACACACAUACACACACACACAGAGACACUCCCAUGUGUGUGUGUGCGCGUGGUGUGUGUGCGGACCUCCUCCUCCAGCUGCUGCUGCUGCUGGGCGUGGGUGUGUGUCCGCUGCAUGACGGUGUCGGGGUGUGGCGGUGUGGGCACCCAGUAGGGGUCAUCGUGCAGCUGAUCUGCGUGUGUGUCGCCUGUACAGCACGAGGAGGGCUGCAGCAGCAGCGUGUUGGUGUUGGUGUUGGUUGUGGUGGCUGUGGCGGUGGGAGAGCACUCCUCCAUCGGAUGAGGCAUCGGGUGGUGCAUCGGUGGGACGGGGCCGUCUGUUCUCCGCUUCUUGGCCGGCCCCUGCUGCUGCUGUCCGUGACUCUGCCACACACGCACACACACACAUGGAUGGAUGGAUAGAUGGAUGUCUCGGUCUGAGCGCGUACGUGUGUUGCAAGAGCUGCUGCUGCUGCUGGGGGUGGCGGUGGGGGUGGUGGGAUUGGUGGCACAGCCACAGGGACCGGUUUGGACAUGUCCUGCAUCUCGUGGCUGCACGCUCCCCCUCCCCCGCCCCCCUGCUCGAUGUCCAUCGAGGCUGAUGACGGUGUUGCCGGCUGCUGCUGCUGUUGUUGUUGGGGUGGAGGAGGUUGCCGCAUCUUCAUGUAGGCCGCGAAGGUGGCUGCACGGGACGGAUGCAUGAGUGCAUCAGCCAACACACCAACAUGGGUGCGUGUUGGGGCUGCGCGUGUGCCACCAUGUGCUGACUGACCUUCUGGCAGCACCCUUCGAAGCACAUCGUCCGGCACACAAGACAGGGCGCCCUCGGACACUACACACACACACACAUUGGCCAUCCAUUCCUGUGUGUGUGUGUGCAUGUCUGUGUGCGUCUCUGUCUCUCUCUAUCUUACUUGGCCCAUGUGCAAGUGCGUAGUGUGUCGUGUGUCCCGUGUGUGUGGGCAACAGUGGCGAAGGCUUCUUGCCCCGCGCCACUGCUGAUGACAAUGGGAGGGGUGGAGAGGGCGAGGGGGGCUUCCUGCACCCACAUGUGGCCAAACACACACACCGGACGGAUGUGUGUGUGUGUGUGUGUGUACCGUUUUGGAGCAUGGCCGUGUUUCUUGUCUGUCUCCGGCAGCAGCGGCACGCUCUUGUCUCGGUCGCGCACCUAAAUGCAGUCCAUCCAUCCAUCCAUCCAUCCAUGUGUGUGUAAGUUCAGGUGAGGACGGACAGGUACCUUUAUGAGCACAGUCCGCCUUUUCGGCGAGUCGGCCGUCUCCUCUCCUUCGCUGCAUACAUGGAUAGAUGUGAUCACACACACACACGCACACACACAAAUGGGGAAGAUGGCUUCUCACACACACAUAUGAAGUGCGCACACACCUGCUCAGAGGCGACACGAGAGCCUCUCUCUCCUCCGCUGCCACCAACCACCCCACACACAGACACAGACACAGAGAUGUAUGUGUGCACUCGUGAGGGGCGGGGGUUGCUGCAGUCAGUUAUAAACUGACCCGAUAGCCGGCCCUCGAUCCUUAUUGAGGUUAUCGGCUGAGCUUGCCCCGCCCUGCCAACACACACACACACACACACAUGGGGGUCCACCCCUCUUGGCUGGUGGUUGCACCAUACCAUGGUCAUUCUUCAUUUCAUUCAGUGAUACUAACCUGAACGUGUGGAUGACUGGCCCGCCGGCUUCGUCGGCCAGCACCCGAACGAAGCCCUUCUUGGUCACCUCUAUGCCUAAACACACACCACACCACACACAGACAGACGCCACACACACACACACACAGACACAGACAAGAAUGUGCGCGCACUGCAGGCGUGUUGGUGAGUGCAGUGCAGUGCUCUGCAGUGCACAUGGCUGACCUUCCAUCCAGGUGAGCAUAGAGGGGAUGAUCCACACCAGGCAGCCUGCACAGAUCGAUGGAUGGAUUAUGUGUGUGGUGUGGUGUGGGUGGAUGUGACACAUGUGCAGCCACCGCACCGGCCGUGAUGAGCGAGACCACACACGUGACACCCCUUCACACAGACACACACACACACACACACAUAUGGACACACACACAUCCCCUCCCCGCACAGACAUAGUACAUUGCACAAAGGUGUGUGGGCCCGCACUGACUUGAGGAAGGACAGCAAGCCCAUCGCGUGUGUCAAAUGGGCAUCGGUCAGCGCUGAACACACACACCACACAUCACCCCCUCCAUGAGUGUGAGUCAGUGUGUGUGUGUGUGUGUGGACGCACCGGUCAUGAAGUGGGUCGUUCCGCAGAAGACUUCACACACACACAGACACACACACCCGUGCAGAGAGGGAGAGAGAUAGCCCACCCUGUGGGUGUGGAGGCGUGGCCAUGAAGCUCACAUAUAAACAGCAUGAAUGUGACGCCCAGCGUCAGCACCUCAACCUGGUCCUUGGCCGUCAACACCUACGCACGAGAGAGAGAGAGGGAGAGGGAGAAGGAGAGAGGUCAGUCAGUGCAUCCGUCUGUGUGUGGUGUGUGUGUGUGCAUGUGUCUGUGUGCCUGGUCGGCGAGCAGCUUCGAGAAGGGGUUGAACUCCGUCGCCAUGCGGUACCUUUAUCCAUCCAUCCACACACACUCGUCAGUCAAUCCAUCCAUGUGUGUGCGCACACACAGUCAGACACACACCCACAUACACACACAGACGCACAGACGCACACACGUCAGGUAGGUAGGGUACCUGACGACGAAGAAGAAGAUCUGAAUGGGUAUACUGACAUAGGCAAAGCUCGUCAACAGGUCAAAGCCUGGCAAGGCAAGUCAACCACACACACACACACACACACACAUGCAAUGAAUGAAUGAGUGCCCGACAAACAAACACAACACCCUUGUCUGUGUGUGUGUGUGUGUGUGACUGUGUGUCGGUAACCGUACUUACCGAUUGUGAGGUGGAAGAGGUGUGGGCUGAUCUGCUCCAUCAGACUCUGAGGCGAUUGCGGCCUGAAGAGAUGUCACAAACACUGUCCGCCUGUCUGUCUGUCUGUCUGUCUGUCUGUGCAUCUGUCUGUCUGUCUGUCUGUGUGUCUGUCUGUCUGUGCAUCUGUCUGUCUGUCUGUCUGUGUGUCUGUCUGUCUGUCUGUCUGUGUGUCUGUCUGUGCAUCUGUGUGUGACUUACCCGCCAUCUCCCCCAAGAGUCAGAGUGCUCAGCCCUUCAGCAGCAGCAGUAGCUGAUGCUGCAGCCAUCUGACGCAGACUCAUCAUCACCAUGAUCACAAUCACCAGCACGCACUUUGUCAACUGAUAGCAAGAUGCCACGAGGUGCGAUGCCUUCC